AUGUGGACGUUGGAAACAUCAAAGCUCUCUGCUCGGGAAGCACUUGCGUCCUGGUCGGUUGCUCAGGCGGGCUGCAUGGCGGCGACGGGUGCGCAAAGUCCAAGCAGACGUCACCAGGGCGCGCGGCUGGUGGGAUGGAGGCGGAAAAGAAAAGGCUGGUUUGUACAUGUUCAAUAUGCGUAUGGCGGUCAGCUGGCGAAACGGGAAAAGGAUGACUUGCGACGGUCAAGGGACGUGGAGCUUGCAGCAGCUUGCGAGGUCUCCAAGUGGUUGCCUUUACGAGAGACCUGGGCUGCGCCGGGAGCUCUUGCCCUUGCCUGCUCUUGCCUGCUCUUGCCCUUCCUUCGCAGCGCUGAUGAGUCACGAUGGACGUGCUGCGCAGUGUGCAGGACUGACAACCCCGCCUAUAGGGCGCGGCGCGGCGCGGCGCGGCUUGAUGGAGCGCCCGUCGAGGGGUUUUGCGCCCGCCAGAUCAAGCAAGGGCCAGACGGACAGUACAUACAGGAGCCAAACAAGGCAGGAGCGGGAUGGGCCGUUCUUGCUGUCCUUGCUCACGACGCCACAGACGAUGGGGACUCGUGGACCGUCUUGAACAAUUCCAGACGAAUUCGCACCAGCCCAGGCAAUCCCCAACUCGUCAGUCUCUGA